ACAAGGUCUUAACUAAAAUACAACACAAAGGACAAGGUCUUUGUGUUUAAAGAUGUAACGAUCGAUGCACCAUUAAAUCAGAAUCUCUCAAAGAAAAUGACUACGUUUCUUCUGGAGCCUCUCAUCUUCUUACAAGACUUCCUCUCCCUACUGAUGCAUGACGACAAGUUCCAUGGUGAGAGUUAUGAAGAUGCAGCUCCUGAUAAGCUUGAAGCAUCCAUUAACCAUGUGAGGAUAAGCAUCGGUACGAGCUGGACACGUCAGUUGCGGAGUUUACUCCUAGUUCCCAUAUUCAAGUCUUUGGUGGCUCUUUGUUUGAUAAUAUCCCUCUUAGUUUUUGUUGAGGGUGUUUACAUGAACCUUGUAGUACUCUAUGUUAAGUUGUUUAAGCGAAAACCCGAAAAAAUCUACAAAUGGGAGCCCAUGCCGGAGGACAUCGAGCUCGGACAUGAAUCCUACCCUAUGGUCCUUGUCCAAAUUCCAAUGUACAAUGAGAAAGAGGUCCUUCAAUUAUCUAUAAGUGCUGCAUGUAGACUAAUAUGGCCGAUGGACCGCCUGAUUAUUCAAGUUUUAGAUGAUUCCACUGAUCAAACCAUCAAGGAGCUGAUGAACACAGAGUGUGCAAAAUGGGAAAGCAGAGGCGUUAAUAUAAAGUGUGAGAGGAGAGACAACAGAAAUGGCUACAAAGCCGGAGCUCUUAAACAAGGCAUGAAGCAUAACUACGUGAAGCUAUGCAACUAUGUUGUUAUCUUCGACGCAGACUUCCAACCGGAGCCUGAUUACCUCCAACGCUCUGUCCCCUUUCUCGUUCACAACCCCGAGGUCGCUCUAGUUCAAGCCCGAUGGAGAUUCAUGAACGCAAACAAGUGCUUGAUGACGAGGAUACAAGAGAUGUCCCUCAACUACCACUUCAUGGCAGAGCAAGAAUCUGGAUCCACUAGACAUGCCUUCUUUAGCUUCAAUGGAACUGCGGGUGUAUGGAGAAUGGCAGCCAUGGAAGAAGCUGGAGGAUGGCAUGACCGGACCACUGUCGAGGACAUGGACUUGGCCGUUCGUGCUGGUCUUCUUGGUUGGAAAUUUGUCUUCCUCAGUGACCUCACGGUGAAAAGCGAGCUACCAAGCAAAUUUAAGGCCUUUAGAUUCCAGCAACAUCGAUGGUCUUGUGGUCCAGCUAAUCUCUUCAGGAAAAUGAUUAUGGAGAUUAUUCGCAAUAAGAGAGUGACGAUUUGGAAGAAGUUGUAUAUGAUGUAUAGCUUCUUUUUCUUACGGAAGAUCAUAGUCCACUGCUUCACUUUUUUCUUCUACUGCGUUAUUCUUCCUACAAGUGUCUUCUUCCCCGAAGUCAACAUUCCAGCUUGGUCAACCUUCUACAUUCCCUCUAUGAUCACUCUCUGCAUCGUCAUUGCCACACCAAGAUCAUUCUACCUCGUGAUAUUUUGGAUCUUGUUUGAAAACGUAAUGUCUAUGCACCGAACAAAGGGAACUUUCAUUGGCAUACUCGAAAGAGGAAGAGUGAACGAAUGGAUUGUAACUGAGAAAUUAGGAGAUGCUCUUAAGACUAAGCUACUUCCUCGGACUGGUAAACCUAGUAACGGGUUUUUUGAAAGAGUAAAUACCAAGGAGAUAAUGGUGGGAACAUACAUAUUGUGUUGUGCUUGCUAUGGACUUGCCUUUGGGAACACAUUCUUAUAUCUCUAUCUUUUCAUGCAAGCGGUUGCUUUUCUCGUUUCCGGAGUUGGCUUUGUCGGAACUUAAAAACUCGGAUCACAUUUAUAGAUCAAUGUUUGUUCCUAAUCAAUUUAUUCAAUACAUGAUUUAUUACCCAUUCUCAAACUAAUCGUGUUAAUUAGUCUGAUAUAUAUAUAUAUCUAGAUAUUUUU